AUGACGACGUCUAAACCCCUCAUCUUCUACGACAUCUCCUCGCCAAUCCAACCCCGCUCGUACGCGCCCAAUCCUUCCAAAGCACGUCUCGCGCUGAGCUUCAAGCAAGUGCCUUUCAAGUCGACCUUCAUCGACAUCCCCGACAUCCCCGAAGUGCGCAAGGGCCUCAACUGUCCAGCGACGCGAAAGUUUGAUGAUGGCUCAGACUAUUACACGCUGCCUGUGCUGCAGGAUCAAUCCUCAAACAAAGUUAUUGGGGACUCAUAUGACAUCGCCAACUACCUCGAAGACACCUUCCCAAACUCAGGCGGGUGUCUGUUCCCCAAGGACUCGACGGGUACUGGGCUAGACUACGAGAGCCCAAACAAGGACACGCAGUUCUAUGCACCCAUCACUACCAAUAAGGGCUCGAAGAACGAGGCGUAUGCGAGGUUCAAUCUACACGUCGAUGCUACGUUCUCGGCGAAUGUCAUUCUUGUCACGCAUAGACUGCCUUUUAAUCCAGAAUCCGCUGAAGCUACGAAGGCACUGUUCGUCAAGCGCGCACAUAUGAAUAGUUGGGAUGACAUGUCUGUGCAUGGUGAGGCGAGAGAGAAGACCAGAGCUGGGUUUAAGGAGGCACUGAAGUCACUUGCUGAACUGUUCACGGUGCAUCAGGGUGGGCCGUAUCUGGAGGGCGAAAAGGCGAAUUAUGCAGACUUGAUUGUGGGAGGAUGGCUCAAUAUGUUGUCUGAGACGAUGCCUGAGGACGAGUGGAAGGACUUCAGGACAUGGCAUGGAGGCGUGUUCGCGAAGCUGCAUGAUGCGUUGCAGGAAAAGUAUUAUGUGUGCGAAUAG